UAGCCAAGAGUAGCCUAACUUAGCAGAUUGUAAAAGUAUCUAGAUCUCUAGAUCUAGAUCUACAGUUCUACACUCUGAGUAAUACAGUGAAUACACAGUACACUGUAACUACACACUAAUCUAUAACUGCUUCUCUUUUUUAUAGUAAAGACAAGUUUUAGAUCUACCCAAGGCUGUUGUUUAACUGGUUAUACAAACAUUUGAUAUUCUAAUUACUUAGCCAUGUUGUCUCGUGGAAAACAUAUACAUUGUCUGUGCUCUAUGCAGCAGUUAAUGUGCAAGUCUGUAGUCAAGAAUAAGGUGAAUCCUGGUGUUCUUGUUCCCAAAUGCUUUGCUUCAAUACAGAAUGUGAAAGAUCCUAAAGCUUUAGCUGAGCAACAGUCCCAAGACUCUGUUGGUAAAUAUCUGAAGACAGAACCAUUGCCCAAGCUGACAGAACCUAUAGCAAAAAACUUUUUUCUUGGUAAACUUGAUCCAAAACACUUGGAGUACCCACAGAUAAGCAAAGAGGAGUUGGAGCAGCUGAAUGAAUUAAUCGCACCAAUUGAAAAAUUCUUUGCCAAUGUUGAUUCCAAGUCUAUUGACGUGAAUGCCAAAAUACCCGAUGAAGUCUUGCAACAGUUAAAAGAUUUAGGUUUAUUUGGUCUGCAAAUUCCUGAAAAAUAUGGUGGUCUCAACCUAAAUGCUACAUCAUAUGCUCGGGUAGGAGAAGUGACAAGUAAAGAUGGCUCCAUCGCUGUGACACUCGCGGCACACCAGGCUAUAGGUUUGAAGGGUAUUUUAAUCGCAGGUUCAGAAGAACAAAAAGAGAAAUAUUUGCCCAAGCUGGCAUCUGGAGAACAUGUGGCAGCCUUUUGUCUAACAGAACCCUCCAGUGGCAGUGACGCAGCUUCCAUUCAAACCAAAGCAACUUUAUCAGAAGAUGGUCGUACAUGGCUUUUAAAUGGGAGUAAAAUUUGGAUCUCCAAUGGUGGAAUUGCUGAUAUUUUUACUGUCUUUGCCAAAACACCAGUAAAAUCACCAGAGGGAGAAAUAAAAGAGAAAGUCACAGCCUUCAUAGUAGAGCGGUCAUUUGGUGGAGUGACCAAUGGAAAACCUGAAGAUAAAUUAGGAAUCAGGGGGUCAAACACAUGUGAAGUCUUCUUUGACAAUACACCAGUGCCACCAGAAAAUGUCAUUGGUGAAGUUGGUAGUGGAUUCAAGCUUGCGAUGAGAAUAUUAAACAGUGGCCGCUUUAGUAUGGGAAGUAGUGGAGCUGGUGUACUCAAGUAUCUCAUAAAUUUAACAGCACAACAUGCAAAUACAAGAGCACAGUUUGGUCAGAAGUUGGCCAAAUUUGGACUUGUCCAGGAAAAAUUUGCUAAGAUGGCAGUCACAGCAUAUGCUAUGGAGAGCAUGGCCUACCUGACUUCUAAUGUUCUUGAUCAAUAUGAUGACCCAGAUCUUUCGAUGGAGGCUGCAAUGGUCAAAAUAUUUAGCUCCGAAGGUUGCUGGACAUGUGUUUCAGAGUGUUUACAGGUGAUGGGUGGAUUAGGGUACAUGAAAGAUUAUCCUUUUGAAAGAUAUCUUAGGGAUGCAAGAAUUAUGCAGAUUUUUGAGGGAACUAAUGAAAUCUUGAGGUUGUUUGUGGCAUUAAAUGGUGUUCAGUUUGCUGGGAAAUCCUUGAAGGAUCUAAUCAAAAAACUGAGGGACCCUUUUAAUAAUCCAGGUUUGUUGUUUAAAACAUCAUGGAGAAAAUCUCGAGGCAAAUCUACCCUGGCGUCUACUGUUUAUCUUCAUGGUGAUGUCCACCCACUGCUAGAGCGUGAAGCCAAACUUCUUGAAUCAGGACUUACUGCGUUGGGUGAAACAACUGAAAGUUUGUUGACACAGUAUGGCAAUAAAAUAAUUGAUGAACAAAUGAAGCUGGGUCGUCUUGCUGAUAUUGCCAUUGACUUGUAUGCAAUGACGUCAUGUAUUGGUAGGGCAUCCAGAUCAGUCUGCAUUGGACUACGCAACUCAGAUCUAGAGGUGCUCCUUACCCGAUCAUUUUGCUACACAGCUGACCAGAGAAUCAAUAAAAAUAUCAAAGAGCUAAAUUCAGCCAAAGCAGACAAGCUAGAAAUUGAUGACACUAACAGGCAAAUUGCUGAAGCUAUAUUUAAAGUCGGAGGUUAUGCUGCAGAGCACCCUUUGAACAGGAAUUACUAGGGGACAUUUUUUUGUAAUGCAAUAUUGAAAAAAUUAUUGUAUUGUUAUUUAUAUUAAUGGUUCUGGCUAACACUACUGUGUACAUGGCAACUGAUCUUGAUACUCUUAGUGACAAUGCUAAUAUUUAAUGCAUACAUACUGUAAUUUAAUGUAAUUAAGAGUCAAAACCUGAGAAGCGUUUUGAGAAGGAAAAAGUAUACCUUUAUCUCAGAACCUGUGAACAUGAAAUAUUUGAAUCACUAUUUACUUAACUAAAUACCUGGUAAAUGGUUUGUUAGAUUAAAUGCCUGUGAUUCAGAGUGAUUUCCAACUUUUGAACUGUUGCAUAUGUUUUAACAAAUAAAUAUGUUUUUGUAAAAAUACUGUUAGUAUAGUGUUUGGAGUAGUGUCUUCACAUGUGUUGCCUUGCUAGUUGUCCCAAAAUGGUACCUCCUCACUCAGAUUACUUAACAAUAAUUAACUAUACUAUUACUAGGUAUAAUUUAAUGGUACACUAAAUUUGCACAACCUCACAGUAAUUGUAAAGGGCCUACUAUUACUACUAAUACUUCUAUCCAACUGAAUGAAAUGCAUGAGAUGUUAAUUAUAAUGUACACAUCUUGAAUAAAGUUGAAUUUGUAUUAAUAAAA